AAAAUAAUAGAAAUAUGUUGUUUUUCAGAUGGUUGUAUUGGAGGUUGGGAUAAUUUUCAUUGUUGGAAUUUAUGGUUCCUUUGCCUCAGAAGGAUGCAGUUUUAGUUCAGAUUAUGUGAUUAAGAAGGCACCUGAGGAACCUGAGGGGGGUCAAGAUUACAAUUUUAAUCCUGUGUUUGAUGGCUGGUGGAAGAAUGUGCGUGGAGUGAUGACUGUUCCAUAUGUAUUUGAUAAAGCAAUAUCCAAUACGGGAAAGAGUGCUUUCGAGUAUGUAAUGGAUGAGUUUCAAGAAGGAUCCUGUGUUGAAUUUAAACAAGUUGACUCAACCUACAAAGAUCACUACUUACUCAUCAAAACAGGGGGAAGCUGCUUUUAUAAUCGCAAUGGUGUUGCUGGUCAUGUUGGAAGGGACCCUGAAAUACAGAAUGUUUAUCUUUACAUGAGCAAAGAGUUGUGCUCUCACCGUGGGUUCACACUGAAGGAUCUCAGGAUAUACUUUGGUGUACUACGUCAUGAGUUUCUUCAUGCAUUUGGUCUUCAGCAUACACAAAAUAGAUGGGAUAGAGACACUUUUAUUAAAGUCAAUGAGAACAACAUUAAAGAAAAUAAAACAUCCCAGUUCAAUAAAUGUAGAGAUUGCGAUACCUUUGGAGUACCAUAUGAAUGCAAUUCAAUAAUGCACUAUCCUCCAUACACAUUUUCCCGCAAUGGAUAUCCAACGAUAGAUUCUGUAAGUGAGGGAUGUGAUUUGUCAAAAAACCCUUUUAAAUUAACAUCAAAUGACUGGUUACUUCUUCAUAAAGCUGCUAAAUGUCAUGGAAGUCCAAAAAUAUUACCUGGCUGGCUUAAAAAUCAGAAUUGGUAAACUUGAAGAAAUGUAACAUUGGUGAUGUUUACAUUAAUUUUUAAAAUUAUUCUAAAGUUUGGGAUAUAUUUGGGUGAAUUGUCAUUGAAAUAAUAUCUGUAAACAAUUCUAAUUAGGUUUAAUAAAGAUUUGAAGAUUAA